AUUACAUACAUUACGUUUUACUUAAAUAUAGGCAAAUUUAAUUUAGCGUUACGUUGCCGUUCACAAAUGCCUUCCAGGGCUGCUGCCAUUUUUGUGUGAUGUCAAAUAACGGAAAUCGUUGUAGAUGGAUUUGCACCGAGUUUACAAGGAGAAACUAUGGAUAUAUUAAGAGAACCCUAUCUUUACAGUCUGCGGUAGGAAGUCCGACUUUGAGUGGCCUAUUGCACUUUUUAUAUUAAGAGUCCAGAAAUAUUAAGGUUCCGAGUUGUGUGGAAAGCACCAUUAGCUUUAUUGAUCGUGUGACACUAGCAAACACCUACAGCACCCUAAGCCACGCUAGCUACUUCUUUAAAAGUCAGAAUGGCUUUGGCAGCUACACGCAGCAGGUCAGUGAUAUUUCUCAAACACAAGAUGCUGUAUUCUGUGAGGCAAGCUUGUCUGUUUUCAACUAGUGACACUAUUCUAGCUGACCAGAGCGAACCACCAUCAAAGAGGAGAACAAGUCACCAGAAACCUCCCUCAACUGAUCAUCUGUCCUGGGAGGAAAGGCUAGCUGAUGUGGUCACCCCUUUGUGGAGGCUGAGUUAUGAUGAGCAACUUGAGCUCAAGCAAAAGCAUCAGGAAAGGAUACUGUCUCAGCUCUCCAGGAAUCUGUCAGGUGACUUACAAUCACAAUCCCCAUCACCUGUCAGAAGUAAACUCAGCUUUCCUGUCUUGCCUGUUUUGCCAUCACCAGUUAGGGAUGGCUACCGCAACAAGUCUACCAUUUCUGUCAACAGAGGAGUGGAUGGAAAUCCAAAGACGGUUGGAUUUUACGUGGGCACAGGCAGGAAGGGAAACAUUGUCUGCGUCAACGGAGACCACCUGCUCAACAUGCCAGAGAAGCACAAAUUGGUAGCCAGAUGUUAUCAGGACUUCAUUCGCCUUUCUUCCCUGGAGUCCUGUCUGCUGUUCCACACUGGGGGUCACUGGAGAGAGGUCACAGUGAGAACCAACGCGGAGGGCCACACCAUGGCUAUAGUGUACUUUCAUCCACAGACACUCACCCCAGAAGAGGUGGCAGUCCAUAAGGCUAACCUAGUGGAUUAUUUCACGCGGGGGCCUGGAUCACUCUGUCAGCUUGAUUCACUGUUUUUCCAGGAGAGCACCAUGACUCGCUGCACUCAUGAGGAAUCCCCCUACCAGCUCCUGCAUGGUCAGCCACACAUAUACGAGGAGGUGCUAGGCUUCAAAUUCCGCAUUUCUGCCGAUGCUUUUUUCCAGGUGAACCAGGCAGCUGCUGAGGUGCUGUAUAGCACAGUGAGACACCUGUGUGUCCCAAACCCUGAGGAGGGUGGAGGAAGCACAGAAGUUGGUGGUACUCUCCUAGAUGUAUGCUGUGGGACAGGAGCCAUAGGCAUUACUAUUUCUCCCAGAGUGGACAGAAUUAUUGGUAUAGAGCUCAUAGAACAGGCAGUGGAAGAUGCUCGACACAACGCUGCUCUCAAUAAUGUACUUAACUGUGAGUUUGUCCCUGGGAAGGCAGAGGUGGUGCUUCCUGGCCUUAUGUCUAAGUUGAGCCCCGCAGGUGGAGGCCUUGUGACAGCGGUGGUAAACCCUGCUCGAGCUGGCCUGCACCACAGAGUGGUCCGAGCUUUACGAAACCACCCUGCUAUCCGCAGGCUGGUCUACGUUUCUUGCAAAACAGAUGGGGAGGCUAUGCGGAAUUUCAGGGAGCUUUGUUGUGCUCCUGACCUGCAGAAGAAACUCACAGGAGAGGCAUUUUCUCCAACUCUGGCUGUGCCUGUGGAUAUGUUCCCACAUACUCCCCAUUGUGAAGUGGUGCUACUUUUUGAGAGGUAGCAGAUGCUUUUCGUUCAAUGGUGGGCUUUAACCCUUCAAACAACUCCAGUGGCUUUAGGAAGCUAAUGGGGCAUUGAAUAAUGAUUUACUGGAAAGGGGUGUGCAAUAUCAUAUCUUGAUAAUGGAAAGAUUCCAAAUUGUUGAUGUAAUUGCCUGUUAAUUUGGCAACGGUUUAGAUGUGCACUAUUUGUAUUAAAUGCAGAAUCUGGAUUUCACUUGUGUCACUGUUCUUUACAAACAAACUGGGAGCUAAGUUAAGCUAAGUUUACUGAAUAUUUGAAGGCUAACUGUUAAUGUUUAUGAUGACAAACUAUAAAAUGUCUUUUUUGCAAUUGUAUAUUCUUGAAAUUAAUAAUAAAAUAUUGUUGGUAUUUUUCAUAUAAUCAAGAAUAUCAUUAUGGCAGAUAUACGCUAUAAUAUUGUGACAUUAUUUUAGGGCCAUUUCCACCCCUAGUACUAUGCUAAAUGAUAUUGGAUUUUUUACACCCAUGGCUCACCCACGUGUUUUUCUAUAUUUGCUGGAUUAGAUUUCCUUUUAGGACUUUGUUUCUAGGCCACAAAUGUUUUUUUGAUCGAUUAACCUGUCAA